AUGGUUAUCCCGAUGCCAUUCUCCCAGCCGCCUCUCCAGUGGGACUUUUUCUGUCUUGUAUGGACAUAUUUGAAAUCCAUGGUUCGUAGAUUGGCAAUGGAGGUUCGACAAUUGGCUUCGGCACGAUCAAUUACUGUUCUUAAUGGAAGUUCUAGUGGUAACUGGACAUCUCUGGUAAUGCCAGCCGCUGCAGCAGGUGCCUUAGGUUAUGGAUACAUGUGGUGGAAGGGUUUGUCAUUCUCUGACCUUAUGUAUGUAACAAAAAAGAAUAUGGCAACUGCUGUUUCAAAUCUGACAAAACAUCUCGAUAAUGUCUCAGAGGCCCUUGCUGCUACAAAGAGGCACUUAACACAGCGAAUUGAGAAUGUGGAUGGAAAAUUGGAUGAGCAAAUGGAGAUGUCAAAACUAAUUAGGAGUGAGGUUAAUGACGUGCAUGGUGAUCUGUCCCAGAUUGGUUUUGAUCUGGAUCAACUAAAUAGGAUGGUUUCUGGUCUGGAUGGCAAGUUACUUUCUUUGGAAGGCAAGCAGGAGCUUGCAAAUGCUGGUGUUAUGUACCUGUGUAAUUUUAUCAAUGGAAAAAAGGUGAAGAUGCCUGAGACACUGCAGGUUCGUACAAUUGUUAGUUCAAGAACAACUUACAAUUGUGGGCAACUCUACACCUACUCUGAUGGUACUUCGGCUAACUUGAAUAUUUCUUGUCGUGUUACUGUUCAUUGUCCGUCUACUAGAGCAUAUGCUGUGGUUCAUAUUUCUUGUCAUUUCAUAUCGCUCAGUGAAUAUCAGGAACCUUUGUAA